ACAGUGACAUUUGCAUCUCGUUCAUAUAUGAACACCGUCCUGUUCACAUCGCGACAUUGUCAGUCUGCGACAGAGACUUGAAUCAUGCCUGAGGUUGUGAAAGCGCCCAAGAAGGGCUCCAAGAAAGCCGUGUCCAAGGCCGUCAGCAAGAGCGGCAAGAAGAAGAGGAAGACCAGGAAGGAGAGCUACGCCAUCUACGUGUACAAGGUGAUGAAGCAGGUGCACCCCGACACCGGCAUCUCCUCCAAGGCCAUGGGCAUCAUGAACUCGUUCGUGAGCGACAUCUUUGAGCGCAUCGCCGGCGAGGCCUCUCGCCUGGCUCACUACAACAAGCGCUCCACCAUCACCUCCAGGGAGAUCCAGACCGCUGUGCGCCUGCUGCUGCCCGGCGAGCUGGCCAAGCACGCCGUGUCUGAGGGGACCAAGGCCGUGACCAAGUACACCAGCUCCAAGUGAGCCUGAUGUAGACCACCAACCCAAAGGCUCUUCUAAGAGCCACC